CUGAGGGAAAGUUUGAGGCUGGGAAACUCUCAGUCCCGAGGUCUCUUCUGUCUUCAGUGUGAGCAGCCAGGAGGGUUUAAGCGUCACUGGUGCAGGUUCAGACAGAUGAAGGUGUAUAAGCCAGGUGAUCCAGCUAACUGAUUAGUCAAGUUCACAAGUCCAGACGCGCAGAAGAUUCCCAAGAACAGCGACUAGGUGAAACACUGAAACAGCAACAGCAACGGUAACCAAGGAGCUUCACAGAGAUGGUGAGGUGAAGAUGGUGGACCGGCUUGCGAACAGCGAGGCCAACUCCAAGCGGAUCGCGGUGGUUGAGGGCUGCUUUGGUGCCGCAGGUCAGCCUCUGGCAAUCCCCGGCCGCGUGCUGAUUGGCGAGGGCGUCCUCACCAAACUCUGCCGCAAGAAGCCGAAGGCCCGUCAGUUCUUCCUCUUCAACGACAUCCUGGUGUACGGCAACAUCGUCAUCCAGAAGAAGAAGUACAACAAGCAGCACAUCAUCCCGCUGGAGAGCGUCACCAUCGACACUGUGCCGGACGAAGGAGACCUACGCAAUGGCUGGCUCAUCAAGACGCCCACCAAGUCCUUCGCCGUCUAUGCCGCCACCGCCACCGAGAAGUCCGAGUGGAUGAACCACAUAGGGAAGUGUGUGGGAGACCUGCUGCAAAAGAGCGGCAAGGCGCCGACUGGCGAGCACGCCGCCGUCUGGGUGCCCGACUCAGAGGCGACGGUGUGCAUGCGCUGCCAGAAAGUGAAGUUCACGCCGGUCAGCCGCCGCCACCACUGCAGGAAGUGCGGCUUUGUGGUUUGCGGGCCGUGCUCAGAGAAGAAGUACCUCCUGCCCAGCCAGUCGUCCAAACCCGUUCGCGUGUGCGAGUACUGCUUCGUGCAGCUGACGUCGGGAGGCCUCGCGCCGCGCUCAGACUCCAUCAGCCGGCCGGGCUCGAAGUUCAACAGCAACAACCUGUCGGACGACGACGACGAAGACGACAGCAGUGACUGAGCAGCGACUCGUCCUCCCGACGGCCUCUCGUCCACACGUGGAGCAGGAAAUACGUCUUUACUUGUUUUCUCUCCUCCCGGACGAUCGAAUCAUGCUCCACCUGAGGAUUAAUUCACUCGGGAGUCUCAAACCAAAAUAUUUUAUUCUUCCUCUAAUUCCAGCAGGGAUCAGUAUUUUCCCCGAACACAGUGAUUGAACAAUGAAAUGUGGAAUUAAGUGGUGACCAGCAGAACUCUGGGAAAAGACGCUUCAUGGCUUCCUCUCAGUCCGCCCCUUCGCUCGUGACUCUUAAUUAGGCUGCGAUUAGUCACUACAGAACACAAUGGUGCUAAUGAGACCCUCCUCCUCCCUCCUGUGUCCUUCUCCUAAUUUAAUCUGAGAGUUUUCUUUCGCUCACUUCUUUUAACUUUAUGUCCAUGAACUACACAAGGUGAUUGCUUGUAGUUACUGCAGGGAAAAGCAAAUGUUUGGGCUCUAACCUUUAUCCUCCUCUGUGCUUCAGGUAUUAUAACGAACAGGGCUUUUUUUUGUAAUAGAACUUUAUUUUUCGUCCCUGUUGUGUAACUGUGUCUCCAGCUACACGUCGAGCUGAAGCGAAGAUCCCUUUUAUAGAUAACAAAAUGUAGAUAUUACGCUAAACCCAGAGCUUUUCUAGUCGACCUAAUAUAGUUGCUUCUGACAAAUCA